AUGAACAGGGGAAAGGGAUCGUAUCAGUCUCCUCGGCCAACUACAUCGUGGCGCGGCCGAUAUAUCGAUGGCGUGUGGCAUUGCGAUUGCGAACCGCGAGUGCCAGCCGACCGCUUUCAGACUAAAAAUGGAGGGAUAAACCAUGGCAGGUGGUUUUAUACCUGUCACAAACCACAGCCGAAGCGAUGCAAGUUUUUCCUUUGGGAGAGUGAUGCGCAAGUUCGCGAAAAGCAAACAGUGCUUUCGAAUUCCGUAUCUAAACCCAUUACUCCAAAGAAAACGCCCGUGAAAAGCAUUCAAAGCGGAAGAGGCGGGCUCUUCACUCCAAGUACUAGCCGGACCGUACACACAGGAUAUCCAGGACAAGGAGUCGAUAAUACCACUCCUUCAAAAAUAAAAAAGACUCGGACUUUGUCCUCCGAUGAGGAUGCGUACAGUUGGGAUGAGAGUCUGGACGACGAGGUAGAAGACUUGAUGGAGAGGAAGACUCCGCUCAGACAGCCCGUCUUUACUCCCCCGGAGACGCCUAGGAAAACGCCACGGACUGCGAAUAAUACAUCCCCGGGUAAGAGGAAGCUUGAUGAUCUUAAUGACGAGCCGCCUCCAUAUUCGGCAUUGGAUAACCCCCCGCCUACAUCGUCGGGUUCGCGAACGAACAGUGUGCCAUUCUCAUCAGUGGAGAUAUCUACGACUCCAACUCCUCGCCGUUAUCAUGACGCACUGUCGGCAAAUUCGUCGUCUGAGGUUUCAGAUCUCGCUUUAGAUGUACUAUCGACCCUUGAUCGGCAUGACGUGGUCAUUCCGACUCAGGCAAGGGAUGAGGUAGUUGCGCUGCUUGAUAAGCAUCAUUUAAAGUCACAGGGACUGCAGCGCGGCCGAGAUAUAUUGAGAGUAUCGCUGAAUAAAAAGGACGGGGAAAUAGUAGCACUAAAGCAGAGAAUUGAGGGCCUACUUGCGGAGCGUGAGAUGGAUAGGACUAUAAUUGCGGGGUUGAAUUCCCGAGUUUGA